AUGGCCGCCUUUGAGCGAGACGAGGCCAAAUGUCUAUACUAUGCAGCAUUCGCCUCGCACCUGCACCGGCAGGCCUUUGACUUUAUCUACUGGUUUCUCUUCAUCCUUGUUGUCUCCAUGCUCUUUUUGUCUGAUAUGGAAAAGGUCUCAGACCUGGAGCCGGGAUGUCCAGAAUACAAGAAGAAGAUGAAACGGUGCUUCUAUGUCUGCGCGCUCUAUUCCAGUAUCUCGGUUGUUGCCGUUGUGAUGGAGGUAUAUGCCCUGUUGGCCUUGCAAUUUUGUGAUGGAGAGGACCUCAUGUCGCUAUAUUGGUCAACAUGGACCAUGUUGCAAGUUGGGUCACUGAUUGCCAUCUUUGGUAUCCUCCUUGCGGUCUACAACAGCGUUCGCGCUAGGAAGAACCCCCCUUGGGCGUUGGCAUUGGGUACUCCUGUACUUGUCGUUGCCGGCAUCGGUCACGCGCUUCACAGCUCGGUACGCAGGCGGGCUGAAAGGAUGCGGUCUAGGAGCCGCAGCAGGGCUCGCCAUCGUGCCGUGUCAAACUGCAGCUCCAGUCGCAUGGAACUGAAUGGUGUGCCAAUCAGCAGAGAACAAACACUCUUUGGCGAGGAGAGCGAGAAGGAAGACGGCGAAAUCCCAGGAAAGCUCGUCGGAUACACCCCGGACGGAUCCCCGAUUAUCAGAUUCACGGAAGACCCGGGGGGGAUCGGGGCAGAUCGGGGCGAGGUCAUCUGCAGAGGCGAGGGCGGCCACGUCAUUGUCGCUUUCCGGAAGGGGAUGACGACGAUCAUCAACGGCGCAAUCUCGAGUCCGCCGCCGGCUGCCCUGCUACCCGUACCCAUGACCAGUCCCCGGCCGAGUUAUUCUUCUGCCGGUCUUACAGUACCGCCCCGAUCGCCGGUCGUCAAGAUAGAAUUGCCAACCACUGGGAGGACGACGCCGACGCCAGAGCCUCGUGCGACACCACCGACGGUGCUGCCGAGGGAUUCCCCUGUAUGA